CUCUGUCUCUUUUAUUCCCACUGUUCGAUGUUCAGACCGGACACAGAUCAGUCACUUCUCUCUCUCCUUUCUUGUAUAAUUAUAUUUUUUCCCAGAGAUGAAAAAUUGGGAUUAAAUUUCGUAUAUUUUGGUACUGGUUCUGCCUUUUUUGUUUGUGUUGUGCUGAGUGAUGCUCUGGGUUUCUUCUUCCUGUUCUUCGUCAUCCAUUGUCGCCUCUCUCGUUCCAAAGGUCUCCGUGUUUUUCUGAGAAAUGCUUCGACCUCUUGGCUCUCUUCUUUGAGAGAGCCCGUCACUUUCUCGGGAAAGUUUGGGGUUUUCCCUUCUUUCUUCUUUUUCCCGGAAAAUCUUGACUCUUGAGGGGGGACAGGGACGAAGUUUUCUCUCCUCCUCCUUGAUUUCUCGGGCUGGGUUUCUGUUUUCCCUUCUCUUUCUUGUUGAAUCUUUGAAAUCCAUAGAUCUUCUUAAUCUCUUUCUCUGUUUUGAAAUCCGUUUUUUUUCCGCUGUUCUUUUCUUUUUUCUCUCUCCCGGAUUUUCGUUCCACUUGUCGUCGGUCUUUGGCUAUAAGCCGCGACCAUAGAAUCUCCUUUGUCCGAAAACAAGAAAAAGAACACUCAUUUACACUUACGUUUCUCUUAAGGAACGACGGACUUUCCGAAGGGGCUGAAUACAGAAAAGCGCUAGAAAAAAAAAAGAAAAGCAAGAAAUAAGAAAAGAAAAAAAGAAGCUCGAGACCCAGUGAGAAACCGUCGGAAAGUUCGAGACUUUGUUCCGAGGUGAGAGAAAAUGGCGAUGGCGGUGGCGAAUCACAGAGAGAGAAGCAGCGACAGCAUGAACAAGCAUUUGGACAGCUCCGGCAAGUACGUCAGAUACACGGCGGAGCAAGUGGAGGCUCUCGAGCGUGUCUACGCCGAGUGUCCGAAACCGAGCUCCCUCCGGCGACAGCAGCUGAUCCGAGAAUGUCCCAUUCUGUCCAACAUCGAGCCUAAGCAGAUCAAAGUCUGGUUUCAGAACCGGAGGUGUCGGGAUAAGCAGAGAAAAGAGUCUUCAAGGCUGCAGAGCGUGAACCGGAAGCUCUCCGCCAUGAACAAGCUCUUGAUGGAAGAGAACGAUAGGUUGCAGAAGCAGGUUUCUCAGCUCGUCUGCGAAAACGGAUACAUGAAGCAACAGCUUCAUACCGUUCAAGUGACAGACGCAAGCUGCGACUCCGUGGUUACAACUCCUCAGCAUUCGAUCCGAGAUCCGAACAGUCCCGCUGGAUUGCUCUCCAUUGCUGAGGAGACCUUAGCAGAGUUCCUUUCCAAGGCUACAGGAACUGCUGUUGAUUGGGUCCAGAUGCCUGGGAUGAAGCCUGGUCCGGAUUCGGUUGGGAUCUUUGCCAUUUCGCAAAGAUGCAGUGGAGUGGCAGCUCGAGCCUGCGGUCUUGUUAGUUUAGAACCCCCAAAGAUUGCAGAGAUCCUUAAAGAUCGCUCGUCUUGGUUCCGUGACUGCCGGAGCCUUGAAGUUUUCACCAUGUUCCCAGCCGGGACUGGCGGCACGAUCGAGCUUGUAUAUAUGCAGACAUAUGCCCCGACGACUUUGGCUCCGGCCAGGGAUUUCUGGACCCUACGAUACACUACGAGCCUCGAGAACGGCAGUCUCGUGGUAUGUGAGAGGUCUCUUUCGGGUACUGGAGCGGGUCCUAAUGCUGCCUCGGCUGCUCAGUUUGUGAGGGCGGAAAUGCUUCCUAGCGGAUAUUUAAUACGGCCUUGUGAGGGCGGCGGUUCGAUUAUUCACAUCGUUGAUCACCUUAACCUCGAGGCUUGGAGUGUCCCGGACGUUCUCCGACCCCUGUACGAGUCUUGUAAAGCUAUCGCCCAAAAGAUGACCAUUGCAGCAUUGCGUUACAUCCGACAAAUAGCGCAAGAGACGAAUGGGGAAGUCGUGUAUGGAUUAGGACGGCAGCCCGCUGUCCUGAGAGCGUUUAGCCAACGGUUAAGCAGGGGUUUCAACGAUGCGGUUAAUGGGUUUAACGAUGACGGGUGGUCGGUAAUGCAUUGCGACGGGGCGGAAGAUAUAAUAGUUACUGUCAACUCUACAAAGCACUUGGACAAUGUUUCUAAUCCCCUUUCAUUCCUCGGGGGCGUCCUUUGUGCAAAGGCCUCAAUGCUUCUCCAAAAUGUUCCUCCUGCAGUUCUUGUACGGUUUCUUCGGGAACAUCGGUCCGAGUGGGCCGAUUUCAACGUCGAUGCAUAUUCCGCUGCCACGCUGAAAGCGGGUACUUAUGGUUAUCCGGGAAUGAGGCCUACGAGGUUUACGGGUAGCCAGAUCAUAAUGCCUUUAGGGCAUACCAUUGAACACGAAGAAAUGCUUGAAGUCGUCAGACUUGAAGGCCAUUCUCUUGUUCAAGACGAUGCUUUUGUAUCGCGGGAUGUGCACCUUCUUCAGAUAUGUACUGGGAUUGAUGAGAACGCCGUAGGAGCAUGCUCGGAGCUAGUUUUUGCUCCGAUCAACGAGAUGUUCCCCGACGAUGCCCCUCUCGUUCCUUCCGGAUUCCGUGUUAUACCUGUCGAUGCCAAAACGGGAGAUGGCCAGGACUUGUUGGCCGCUAACCGAACGUUAGACUUGACAUCAAGCCUCGAAGUCGGUCCAGCUUCCGAGAAUUCUUCGGGGAACCCGACUACGAGUUCGAGCUCACGGUCUAUACUGACAAUUGCUUUCCAGUUCCCAUUCGAGACGAACUUACAGGAGAACGUCGCAACUAUGGCUUGCCAGUAUGUGCGGAGCGUGAUUUCGUCGGUUCAACGAGUUGCAAUGGCGAUUUCACCUUCGGGAUCGAACCCGAGUUUCGGUUCCAAGUUAUCUCCUGGAUCGCCUGAGGCUGUUACUCUGGCCCAAUGGAUCUGCCAUAGUUACACUCGCCAUUUCGGUUCUGAGUUACUGAGUUCUGACUCACUUGGAGAUGGCUCGGUACUGAAACAUCUAUGGCAACACCAGGAUGCUAUAUUGUGCUGCUCUUUAAAGCCGCAGCCAGUGUUCAUGUUUGCGAACCAGGCGGGUCUGGACAUGCUGGAGACAACCUUAGUGGCCUUACAAGACAUCACUCUCGACAAGAUCUUUGACGAGUCUGGUCGGAAAGCCCUCUGCGCUGACUUCGCCAAGCUCAUGCAACAGGGUUUCGCGUGCUUGCCGGCCGGAAUCUGUGUGUCGACGAUGGGAAGGAAUGUGUCGUACGAGCAAGCAGUUUCAUGGAAAGUGUUCGCCGCUCCUUCCGAGGACAACAAUGUUGUUCACUGUCUCGCCUUCUUGUUUGUAAACUGGUCUUUUGUGUGAGUUUCCCUCUCAUGUCAUGAAACCUUAAUUUUAUUUUCCAUCUUUUUGCUUAGAUGUUUUUUUUUUAAUCUUCGUCGUCUUAUUAGUUCAAAAGUGUUUAACUUUUUUAAAUUUUGGUUUUUUGUGGAAAUGCUAGAUGAACAACCGAAUUAACCCCAAGUUUUGUCGUUU